AUGCGAGCCGUUUUGUUGAAAGAUUUUGGUGAUCGUGACAAAUUAUAUAUUGGUGAAACAGAUGUACCUCAAAUAAAAAAUGACGAAGUUCUAGUGAAAGUACAUGCAUUUGGUAUUAAUCGAGCUGAUACGAUGCAACGUAAAGGUCUAUAUCCACCACCACCAGGUAUUACGAAUAUUAUUGGAUUAGAAGCAUCAGGAGAGAUUGUUCGUGUUGGUAAUGAAGCCAAAGAAAAAUGGAAUGAUGGUGAUAAAGUAAUGGUAUUAUUAGCUGGCGGAGGCUAUGCUGAAUAUGUUGCAGUACAUAUGGGUUGUGUUAUGAAGAUUCCGGAAGGAAUUUCAAUGAUUGAUGCUGCAGGUAUCCCAGAAACAUUUUUGACAGCAUAUCAAGGUUUAAAAUUGAUUGGUAAUAUAAAAAAAGGUGAUAUUGUUCUUAUACAUGCUGGUGCAAGCGGAGUUGGUACAGCAGCUAUUCAAUUAGCGAAAUUUUUCGGUGCAAAAGUAGCAACAACAGCUGGUACUAAUGAAAAAGUAGCUUAUUGUAAAACAAUUGGUGCUGAUAAAGCAAUUAAUUAUAAACAUGGACCAUGGGUAAAAACAUUGCAAGAAUUCACUCGGGGACUUAAUAGAGAUGGUUUUGAUAUAGUUUAUGAAAGUAUUGGAAAAGAUUAUGUUGAAGCAAAUCAAGAAGUUCUUGGUGUUGAUUCUCGUUGGAUUGUUUACAGUUGUCAAAGUGGACCUGAAGCGGAUAAGCUAUCAUUGAGUACAUUAAUGAGAAAACGUAUUACACUUUCGGGUACUGUUUUAAGAGCUCGAUCAAUUGAUUAUAAAACAAAUUUAGUUAAGAAUUUUCAAGAUGACGCAAUUAACGGUUUUCUUGAUGGUAAACUUAAAGUUAUUACUGAUAAAAUAUGGCCAAUGGAACAGAUAGCUGAAGCUCAUAAAUAUAUGGAAGAUAAUUUAACAAUGGGAAAAUUGGUCGUAACUGUUAUUCAAGAUAAAUAA